AUUUUAGUUAGGGGGAAUCCAUUGGUAAAAUCAGUUCAGUAAGUGCCUUAGAACAUGGCAUAAAUGAGAACCUGUUUAGCUUAUAGAGCUGCUCAGAGAUUCUAGUUGGUAGCACUUGUUUUUGCAUUUACUCCUUAAUCACUCUUCAGCUAUUUAAUAGCAAACAGCUGUACACAUUAUUGCUGCCUUUAAUCCAGUUAGGAUACCAUUUGGAAUUAUAUACACUUGAAGUACAUAUUAAAUUAUUUGUCUUGUAUGAGUCAUAAAUAUUAGGUUAACUCCCAAAUUAAAAUUAUUCAUGAAUCAAACUUAAAGGUUUCUGGGCUAAAUGAAUUACAGCCCUGCUUUUAGUGGUAAAGAAAUAUGUGCUGUAAUCUUUUCAGAAUUUGUCAAUUUAGUAUUGCAGGGUCUUAAAGUAUUAACCUGAACACAGUGAGGCAUAAAAUGUGACUGUCCGACAUUUCUUAAUUGUGCAUCUUACAGUAGAGAAGAUGAGUCUCUAAAAAUUAUUGUUCCCUUAUGAGUGACUUAGUAAACCUGGUGAGUCACUGGAAAAGUGAGGCUGUGCACGGGAUGGGGCUCAGGCCGGGCCCCACAACCCUGCGUUCUCCACACCUCCCCUGUCGUGGUUUUCUCUUAGUGUUUCUUUAUCUUCUGGCAUCAAAUGUUUCUGAGAACUCUGAGGCUGACCUGAUUUUUUUUUUUCCCCUUUGUAGGAGAAAUUACUAUCUUCACUCAGCUAAUUCUUGGUCCUGAUGAUUCUUUAUUGAUUUUUGUUUUCCAUUUUACACUGUAAGCCCUUUUGAUCUAUAGACUGAGGUCUUCCUUUAUUUCAGGGAAGCAUUUUAUUUUUUAUUUCAGGAAAUUUUCUGUUAAGUUUUUGAACAUUUUUUUUUCUGUUCCCAUGUUCCUUCUUCUUUAGGACCAUCAAUUAUUCAUUUAUUGGCUCCCCACCUUCUCCUUUUCAUCUCUGUCAUCUCCUCACUGAUCACUUUUAUCUCUUGCAUCCUAUGUGGUUGUUCUCAGACCCACCCUUCCUAUCACUGAUGCGGUUUUCAACAGUGUAGUUUCAGCGCUUUGCCUCUCUGGUUUUCACCUCUGAUACUUCUACUCAGUUUCUUUACUUACUACUGUCAGCUCACUUUCACCUUGUUUUUCCCCUCCUUGAUCUCUUGUUUCUUGGAUUCCACAGUGUUUUUUAUUUUUUUUUUUAAGUAAAGAACUUUUGUGGGAUACUGUUUUCUGCAGCCUUUCUUUGGAAAGGUACUUUUUCCCCUCUUUUUUCAUUUCUGUGUAUUCUUUUUAUUCUUCCUUUAGUGUCUAUGUGUAGUUCCCAUUUGGAUCCUUUUUGCUUAUUACUAGUUUUGAAUAGAGUAGUUCUGUCAGGGCUUGCUAUUUACCAAAAAACAAAGUAGGUGGGUUCUCAUUGACCUCAUUUACCUUAGCACAUUUUUAGCAUAUGAUGUUAUAUUGUAUCCUUAACACCUGAGUUAGAGGGUUGGCUGUUAUAGUCUGCUUAGACUGUAGCUUCUUCAAGAGAGGCAAUUGGAAACUUUAAUUUGUAUAUUUCUUAUGGUAUUUGUAUUACCACACCUUUCACUGAGGCUGAUAAAUUCUUUAUCCUUAAGAAGCAUAAAAUCAGACCUAUAGGGUUGGGGAUGUUCUUCCUGGGAUUUGAGCUAUUUCUCCCCUUUGUCUCAGAUAAGCAGGUUAUUCUGGUCCAAAACUGGGCCUUUGAAGAGUUCUGUGUUGCUCAUUUGUUUGAUUUGGUGGUUGAUGUUUUGUAUAUCUCCUGUCUGUUUACUUUGGUCCAUGGUUGCACAAUUGAUUUUCUGGGUUUGAAGAAGACAAGACUUGUAGCCAUUUUUUAGUCGUUCUUCAAUGUGGAAAAGGUCUUGUAAUGUAGCAGGAUGUUCCUGGUCUUAUAGCCUACCACUUCCCCUAUCCAGAUGAAAGACUGAUGGCAGGGCAUUAGAGAACUCUUUUACUUAUUCUUUUAGGAAGAGUUGUCUUUGUUGUAUUUUCAAAAAUAUAUGUGGUUUUGGGAGGAGAUUUCCGCUGCUCUACUCAUGCCGCCAUCUUGGCUCCGCCCCCUCUUUUACUUAUUUUUAAAUAAAUCUGUUGCUUGACUAGGAUUCACAAAGGUGGAUGUUAGCUCUAGACAUCCUCCUUCAAUGUGGUCUAAAUCUGACUGUAUCUGGCAGCCAUUCUUUAUACAGUGUAUUUUAGGAAGUUGUUGCCCUUCCCUAGAUUCAUAACAGGUGAUUUUUUUUCCUCUUUGUUCUUUGAGAGGAAAUGGGUGAUUCAUUUCAUUGGGUUUCAGGGAAAGGAGUUAAUUGUUCAUUCACAGCACUAUUGUUACACAAAACCUUAUGAGCUUUAAAUUAAACUGGCUAAAGAGUAUAGUGCUUGGCUACAUGGUGAGCAUUUAGUUAAUGGUAGCUGUGUUAUUAUUUGUUUAUUCUCAGCUCCACUUGCAUGUAAGUUCCAUGAGGGCAGGGGCCUUGUCUGUCUUGCUUUUUGUCAUAUUACCAGUUCCUAAAACAGUGCCUGAUAUGUAGAAAAUGCUUAGUAAGGAAACUUAGGUUUCUGGUUGGGGGGCAGGUGUGGAAAAAGAAAAGACAGGAGGUAGAAAAAUCUGAGCCAGUGUGAAUAGUUUUUGCUUUCUCCUCCUUUGUAUGUGUCUAUAUGCAUGGGCAGCUGUUGCAGGGGAUGCCGAUGGAUCCCUGCGGGGUUGGCUGUGUUGCUGUGAGGGAGGCCGGCCCCGUGGUGAACAUGACUCUAGUAGACUCUCCUGGACAAGAGGUGCUGAGCCAACUUGAUGUCAAGGCCUCUUCAGAAGCACACAGUGCAGAAGCUUCCAUGGUGAUGUCUUUACCGAGCCCUUUGCCUGGAUUUGAGCAUUCUCUCAAUGAGCGGAGGUUCCCUCCAGAACAGGAAAGCCUCUCCAGACUGGAACAGCAAGAUCUUCCUUCAGAGAUGUCAAAGGUACCAAAGCCUAGGGCCUCAAAGCCUGGCCGGAAGAGAGGUGGUAGGACUCGGAAAGGCCCCAAAAGGCCCCAGCAACCUAAUCCUCCAUCAGUCCCUCUGGUUCCUGGUCUCUUAGAUCAAUCCAACUCUCUCUCUACCCCCAUGCCUAAGAAACGAGGUCGAAAGUCCAAGGCAGAGCUGCUACUGCUGAAGUUGUCAAAAGGCCUAGAUCAGCCAGAGUCUCCACCUCCCAAGAGGCCCCCUGAGGACUUUGAGAGCCCUCCUGGAGAGCGACCCCGCCGAAGGGCAGCCCAAGUGGCCCUUCUCUAUCUUCAGGAACUGGCUGAGGAGCUCUCAACAGCCCUGCCUGCUUCGGUGUCCUGCCCUGAGAACCCCAAGGUGAGCAGCCAGACCAAGCCAAAGAAAAGCCGACAGCAGGCAGCCUGUCGAGGUGGAGAAGAAGAGGAUGAUACUGCCCGGGAUGAAGACUUUGUUCUCCAAGUCGAGGCUGAAGAUGGAGAAGAAAGUGAAGCCCCAAGUGAGAGCUCAUCUGACCCCGAGCCUGCAGUGCCCCGAAGCACCCCACGAGGAUCUACUUCAGGGAAGCAGAAGCCGCACUGCCGGGGAGUGGCUCCCAAUGGCUUACCAAAUCACAUCAUGGCUCCUGUUUGGAAGUGCCUCCAUCUCACCAAGGACCUCCGAGAGCAGAAGCAUUCAUACUGGGAGUUUGCAGAAUGGAUUCCCUUAGCCUGGAAGUGGCACUUGUUAUCUGAACUUGAGUCAGCUCCCUACCUGCCCCAGGAGGAGAAGUCUCCACUGUUUUCAGUACAUCGUGAAGGACUUCCUGAAGAUGGCACACUCUACCGAAUCAACAGGUUUAGCUCAAUCACAGCACACCCUGAGCGCUGGGAUGUGUCCUUCUUCACAGGGGGACCCCUCUGGGCUCUGGACUGGUGUCCAGUGCCAGAGGGGGCAGCAGCCUCGCAGUAUGUGGCCCUUUUCUCCAGCCCUGACAUGAAUGAGACACACCCUCUGAGCCAGCUUCAUUCAGGCCCUGGGCUGCUCCAGCUCUGGGGCCUUGGGACCUUGCAGCAAGAAAGCUGUCCUGGCAACAGGGCCCACUUUGUCUAUGGGAUUGCUUGUGACCAUGGCUGCAUCUGGGACCUCAAGUUCUGCCCCAGUGGAACAUGGGAACUCCCAGGCACCCCUCGGAAGGCUCCUCUCCUGCCCCGGUUGGGUCUCUUGGCUCUUGCCUGCUCAGACGGAAAGGUGCUGCUAUUCAGUCUGCCCCAUCCUGAGGCCCUGCUGGCUCAGCAGCCCCCAGAUGCAAUGAAACCUGCCAUCUAUAAGGUACAAUGUGUGGCCACUCUUGAGGUGGGGUCCAUGCAAGCCUCGGACCCCUCUGAGUGUGGCCAGUGCCUGAGCCUGGCCUGGAUGCCUACCCGGCCCCACCACCACCUGGCUGCUGGAUACUAUAAUGGCAUGGUGGUUUUCUGGAACCUUCCUACCAACUCACCCCUACAGCGGAUACGGCUCUCUGAUGGCUCCUUGAAGCUAUACCCUUUCCAGUGUUUCCUAGCCCAUGACCAGGCUGUGCGUACCCUUCAAUGGUGCAAAGCUAACAGUCAUUUCCUAGUCUCUGCAGGGAGCGACCGGAAAAUUAAAUUCUGGGACCUCCGACGACCUUAUGAACCAAUAAACUCUAUCAAGCGCUUCUUGAGUACAGAGCUGGCCUGGCUGCUCCCCUACAAUGGUGUCACUGUGGCUCAGGACAACUGCUAUGCCUCUUAUGGACUCUGUGGGAUUCAUUAUAUUGAUGCUGGUUACCUUGGUUUCAAGGCCUACUUCACUGCUCCUCGAAAAGGCACUGUCUGGAGUCUUUCAGGAUCUGACUGGCUUGGAACAAUAGCUGCAGGAGAUAUAUCCGGGGAGCUCAUUGCAGCUAUACUGCCUGAUAUGGCACUGAACCCAAUAAAUGUCAAGCGACCUGUAGAGCGAAGAUUCCCUAUAUAUAAAGCAGAUCUGAUGCCAUAUCAGGACAGUCCCGAAGGUCAAGACCACUCUUCUGCUUCUUCUGGGGCCCCCAACCCUCCCAAGGCUCGAACUUAUGCUGAAACUGUCAGCCAUCACUACUUGCUCUUUCAAGAUACGGAUUUGGGCUCAUUCCACGACCUGCUCCAGAGAGAGCCCAUGCUGCGCAUGCAGGAGGGGGAGGGCCACUCGCAGCUCUGCCUGGACAGGCUGCAGCUGGAGGCCAUUCAUAAGGUACGUUUCAGCCCAAACCUGGACUCCUAUGGAUGGCUGAUAUCUGGGGGACAGUCAGGGCUGGUUCGGAUCCAUUUUGUCCGUGGACUCACCUCCCCACUGGGUCACCGUCUGCAGCUUGAAAGCCGAGCCCACUUCAGUGCUAUGUUCCAGCCAUCCUCCCCUGUUAAUGGGCCUGGCUUCUCUCCAACCAGCCAUCACCUUCUGCCUAGUCCCUAGUCAUGCGUCCACAUAGGACCCUUGGAAUGAAGUCUGCCAAGAACAAAUGGCUCCCGUGCACAGAACCGUGGGAACUAGGGCCUUCCUGGACAGUGAUGCUGCACCUGUAGAGCUGCCUCCCCAGGACUCCUUAGAUACCUCUCCUUCCACAGACUUCUCCUGUCAUAACAGCCCCCUGCGGGAAAGGGGGCUUUCCAUCCACCAACUCUCAAGGUUCCUCAUCCUAAAACUAUGGCUCACAAGAAACACUCAGGCCUGACCUAGGCUUGGGAGUCAAAUUGCUCAUAUUGAGCAUGUGCAGUAGGUGAAGCUAAGUAAAGGUACUGCGUGUUGUUGAGGCACAUGUGAGUGGGUGUUUCGAAAACUGGAAAGGUAUCUGCAUGAAGGCUCCUGUCUGGCUGUAUUCCAGGAUCCAAUAUUACUGCCUUCCCAACUUUCUCUUUAGAAUAACCAACACAAAGGCCUGGGAGGGGGUUAUAGUAAUUUGCUGGACUUAAGCUGCUUAUCACACUUCUUUAACUGAGGAAUAAUACCACAAACACCCUGCCAGUAGGACAGUGGCUCUGUCUUACUUGCUCCUGCUCAUGAAAUAUUCCUGAUCACUAGUCAUCUGACCCUACUUGAACACUCCUAGAUGGUUUUUAAAAAUCUUCCUUUAUAUCACGUUAAAGAGUAUACCUCUAUAAAUUUUACCAUGGUUAUUAGGAAACCUAGUCAUUCUUCCCUGUUAUUGCCCUUUUACUUAUUUAAAAAUAGCUGUUUCCCAAGUCUUUUCUUCUCUAGAUUAAAUGUCUUCAGUUACUUUAA